AUGUUUGAUUCCGAGCAAGACUUGGAUUGCGUGUUUUGUUCUAGUAGCCUCGAGGACGUAUCCCACCUCUUCUUCUCGUGCAUUAAAUCAACUCAGGUUUGGAACAAGAUUUGCGAAUAUGCGGAUAUAGAGAUAAUUUCUGAAAAUUGCUGCUAUUCUCACGCGAAGGUGUGGAACUCGAGCCUUAGAGGUCGGUGUCAAGCGAAUAGAGUAAAUUCGAUUUGGUUUAUUACUUGUUGGAGUAUUUGGAGGUCUAGAAAUGAAUGUAUUUUCAAUAAUGUAGUUACUGAGGUCGACAGUAUUGUUUUCGACAUUAAACUUUCUUCUUGGAAUUGGUUGAUCCUAGGUAGGAAGGGGAGCAAGCAGUGUUGUUUGUAUGAUUGGUUCAAAUUUCCUUUUGACGUUUUUGUAAUUUGUCUUUUGGUUUGA